UGUCAUGUGAUCAGCUGUGUCCAAUCACAGCUGAUUGCACGCUGAUGAGCAGUGUCCUGAUGAUCAGUGUAGCCCCAUCAGUGCCACCUGUCAGUGCUCAUCAAUGCCACAUACCAGUGCCCAUCAGUGCACAUCAAUGCCACAUAUCAGUGCCCAUCAGAGGUGCCUUUUCAGUGCCACCUAUCAGUGCCAGUCAGUGCCACCUAUCAGUGCCAGUCAGUGUCGCCUAUCAGUGCUGCCAAUCAUGGGUGCCAGUCAGUGCUGCCUCUCAGUGCCAGUCAGUGCCGCCUAACAGUUCCAAUCAG